AUGCCAAAGACGAUCCCACAGAUACUUGACUUUAGACCCUCUUCAUCUACCUCAUCAUUGUCAUCUUCACUCUCAGUGAACCCGCAUGGAGAAGGCUCACCCAGCAUGGCAUCGACACCAUCUUUGGGCCAAUCAAUUACCCCCUCCACGUCGAAGAUCAGAACAAGUCAUUUGUUGCAACACAGACCGAAAAAGAGGAAAAGAACGCCAAUUAUACAAGAUGAAGAAUCUAGUGCUGCAUCUACAAGCUUGUCAGAGUCUUCUCAGCGUCAACUAGAUGCUAGCAAGCAGAUAUUGUACAAUGUUAUUGAUCGCGUGUUGGAUGGACAAAUCUUGGGUCAUUCUUUGUCGUUCUUAUACGGCCGUGUGGAAGCUGUUUGCAGAUACAAGCACAAUGAGCAGAAGGCCCUAGCUGACUACUUGUUUGAAAAACUUGAUGCCUUUUUUGAAAAAUUGACUGCGGUGCCAUACCCACCUGCUCCACAAGGGGGUAUUGAUGACCUACAGGUAGAUUUACCUUUGGAUUUUGGUCAGCGAGUUAUAGAUGAUUGGAAAAGUUGGAACGGAGCAAUAACAAAACUAAGUCAAGUUUUUGCCUUUCUUGAGAAGAGCUAUUUACGUCCACAUCAUAGACGAGAGUCCAUACAGCAAUACGGGGAGGAAAAAUUUAGACAGUUGUACUUUGGAUCGAAACUGCAGUUUUUACCGCCGGAAUUCCCUGAGUUUCCCAGCUCCCUCAACGAGAUUGGGGAUAGUGGUAAGUGGCCGCUAGAUGUGUGGAAGCUGUUGUUUGCUUUAGGUUUUGCGUUUUACCAUAUGAAGUACAGCCAUUGCGUUCCUGAUGAUUACUCAAAUCGAACGCGGUUUGUAUUUUCUGAUCUAAUGACCUUGAGGAAUCGUUUAGUGCCGAAUAGGAAAGAGUGGCGAUUUGAUACCCAAAUUGUAAUACAGCGAAAGUUUGAUAAUCUCGACAUACAGAACUGGCAGGGGUGGUUCUGUACUGAUUCGUUCAAACGAGCUUCUCGAUUCAAACAGAGACUUAUGAUUCUCGAUGAAGAGAUUUCAUUUCAUAUCAAAACUGGUACCGAAAAGAAGAUUCUCGACGACACAGUUUCCAAAUUAAAAUUCCUUUUGAUUUUCAAAAAUGACUUUGUUGACUUGGUGCUAGAAAGUUUUGACGAACUAAGCAAUUCACCCGAGGAAAUGGCAUUGUUAAAUAAAAUGUGCGAAGAUACUGCAACUAAUUAUGAACUCAAUGCAAAAGAGCAAUUAGCAUAUGUGUGGAAACAGUUUAUCAAGCGAAAGUUUCAAGAAGCCAUUGACAAAUGUCGAUCUUCUCUGAUUGAUCACGAGCUAUAUCCGAAUGCAAUACUAUACUUGAACUCUGUCUAUGAGGAUCUUUUGCAAAAGGUUGUCUCACAUUAUACCGGUUGGCAUGAGUUUGAAGGGGUUGUGCCUAAAUCCGUGGAAGAAGUGGUGAACAAGUUUGAUAACAACACCUUCAUUAUACAGCAAUUGUGCAAGGUUUGUGAUUUGUAUUUGAAGUCCAAGUUAGGACCCGCAUUCGGUACUUCGCGCGAUUUGUGGCAUUCCGUCAAAAGUAUCUAUCAUGCAUUAAAAAACAGGGACGAUUUUUGCGUAGCUUACAAGAAGGAAUUAUCUCGGAGAUUGAUAUUAGGUAAAGCUUCAAGCUUAGCCGAUGAAUAUCUGUUAGCAAGCUGGUUUACAUUGUCAUUGCAUGGAAAAGAAACUAGUGCAAGUAUCAACAGUAUGUUUGAGGAUUUGAACUCAUCGGAAGAGGUCUAUGCCAAGUUGGUAAAUGUUCCUGCAAUUGAUUUUAAGCCCCUUGUUCUAGAAAAGUCAGUAUGGACUGACAUUCCAAGCCAAAACUUGUCGACAAUUCCACUACCUCAAGGACUUGCCAAUGUUUUGAAUGAUUUCGGUCAAGCAUUUUGUAAAUCAGAUGAAAGGAAUGGCAGAAAGCGUUUGGAUUGGUCGAAUUACAAAUUGCACCAAUUGACUAUUGCCGGACAUUUCAACAGUGGAGGUGAAAAAUCGAUAACUGCAAACAUGUUGCAAGCCAUGAUUCUUCUUUUGUUUAAUGAUUGUGAUGAAUACACACUUGAGCAGCUAAUUGACAAGACCAAAAUGGAUGCUCCACUUUUGCAAGCAGUAUUAAACACAAUGGUUACUGGUAAGUACAAAAUAUUGAAACAACAAGGUAAUGUGAUCAAAUACAAUCACAAUUUCAAAGACAAAUCCAAGAAUAUUAAAUUGCCAAUUAUCAAGGAAUCUGCUCAAGGUUCUAAUUCUAGAAAGGUGGAUGCUACAGACAAGGAAAUGGUGGAGGUUAUAGAGAAGAACAGAAAUGAUGAAUUCAAGUCAGUUGUUGUGCGGAUCAUGAAACAAGCCAAAUCACUAACAAUGACCGAUCUUUUGAAUCAAAGUAUUGAAAUUUUGCAAAAGCGUCGUCCAGUACCGGUAAUUGAUCUUAAAUCGGCUAUAGAGCGGUUGAUAACCGACGAGUUCCUCAAGAGAAAGACUAGAGAUACAAUUGAAUACAUUGCUUAA